UUGGUCAUUCAAGGACUCAAGCUAUGAAACGUUUCCAUUCAUUGGAAAAAAGAUUUCUUAAAGAACCUGAGCUCAAACCUCAAUAUGUUGAAUUUAUGCAGGAAUAUGAAGAUUUAGGUCACAUGCACCCUGUACCGCCACCAGCCCCUGAAGUCACAAAGGAAUUUUGGCAACAAUGGUCUGAAGAAUAUUUAGUUACUCUUCAGAAAAGACAUAAAUGGUCUUCUUCAUCACCCAAUCUUCAAGUUGGCACUCUUGUGCUAUUGAAGGAUCCUGGGACACCACCAACACUCUGGAAGCUUGGACGUAUUACAGAGGUUUUCCCUGGCUCCGAUGACAAGGUUAGAGUCAUCCAGGUUCUAACUGAUUCUGGUGUUUUCAAACAUUCUAUUGCUAGUGUUGCACCUUUGCCAUUAGAUGAUAGCGAAUGA